AUCUUCAGUUUCUAAUUUAGGAACCAAAAGAAUUUCGUUUCAAGAAUCGACUCCACCAUUAGCUGAGUGAGAGAUACAUUGACGCACAUAGAACAAAACCCAAUGAACCAAACGACAGUGGAAGCAGAAUUCGAAAAGAAGGUAGCGAUUUGCGACAAAAUGGAAGAAGUCGUGGAAGCCAAUGGCGGCUCUGAGGCGGAGACUGAGUCUGAGACCUCCAAAAUUGCAGUGUUGCUUCGCCGAUUUCUCGCGUUGCAGCAACGCAGAGCCCAAGCUUAUGCUAGGCUUAAGAGGGGUUUUGAGGAUUAUAUGGUUUCAGGAGUUGAAUCGACUUACCAGAAACUUUGUAGCGAGAUAACAGUUGAAUUCAAUGAUUGUUCAAAACAAGUCCUUGAAAUGGAAUCACAAUUUCUCAGCCCUGAUUGCUUCAGAGAGGAUUUAGCUGCCUUGCUAAGAUCUGUUCAAACACAAGAAAAGCAGAAGUUGAAUUUGACAGCUACUAUUCAAGUUCUGAAAAAAGCUGGCCGUCCCUCAGAGCGACUGGUGAGCCAUGAAAAUUGCAGAUUUAGUAAGCCAAUGGGACAUGAAUGCGUGCAUAUCCAGAAGAUUACUGAAGCUUCAGGAACUGAAGAGGCAGAGGCUGAUGCGGAAUAUGACAACGCUCUAAGGGAAGCCAUUAAAGGUGUCCAGGAUGCAGUGACUGUCAUAAACGAACAUUUGGAAGAGGUUAGGUAUGAAAUUGCAGCACUUGAAGUUUCCAGUUGAGGGACUUUGCAAUUUAGCUUUUUUAGAUUGGGAUUGUGGGAUUAUUUUCUUUUGCAAAGGGCAAUGCCUCUGCAAGAUGUACAGAGACCGUUCACUGGUUUCUGUCAUUCUUAUAUUUUCUUAUUCUCUCGUUUGAUAGAAUCUACUGCUCUUCAUCUAAUCUUUCCUCAAACUCCUCUGACUUAAAAAGCUCCUUGUAUAUUAUGAUGUAUACACAAAUUUCAUUUUGGGUUUUAUAGAUUCACUUGCUUAGACUGGAAGAUGGUGGUCUUAUUCUAUUGUUCACAAUUUUUAUGGACUGCUUUUUAUUUUAUUGUUUCAACUUUUAUAAAAUUUUGACAGUUUUGGUCC